AUGCUCAUCCACCCGACUACCGUACGUAAGGAUUUUAUCACUCCUUGGUCCGACAACAACCACAACUACAACUACAACUACAACUACUCCUGCUCUGACGACUACCUCGACUUCCCCUCCCACGAGCUGCAACUACAAGACCAGCAGCUUCCGCCCAACUAUCUGCAGCAGUACCAGAACACUCUCGACUCGCCUUUCCACUCGCCAGCGCGCGCGCAUUUCUCGCCCUCGUCGCGUUCGACCUCGCCCACCUUUUCAUCGCCUGUCUUCUCGACCUCGCGGUCGCCAGUCACCACGGUUUCGGGCGACUUUCCUGCUCCCACCGAAGGAGGCUUGUUUGAAGCACAGCCAAUGAGCCUGGCUUCAUCCUACAACCCAUCCUUUCAGAGCUACACACCGGCACAGUACCCGGCACCGCCCUUCCACACAGACGCCUCCAUGCUGGCACAGCAGGGAAUUGUCACCAAUCCACACGGCUGGGACAGCGACUCGGCCAACAUCCAGCUCCUGAGCCCAGCACAUGCACAGAACGGCCUCGCCCGGCGGACUGGCUUUCAAAACGCACACAAGCGUGCUGCAUCGGGAUCCUCCGGCAAGGCAGGUUCAAAUUCGCCACAGUCCGCGGAAGUUUCCAACCACCGCAGCUCUUCGGCUGGUGGCGCAGAAUCCUUCAAAAAGUCGCUGCCUACUCCUGUCCAGACACCCGUCCAGAACCUCCAGAACCUCCAGGGUUCUUUUUUGGCACCGGCCUUCCAGAACUACGACCCUUCGAGCCAGCACAGCGACAAUGUGGCUGUUGAGCAGGCAAUGAGACAGGCAGUCAUGGAACAACAUCAACGCAAGCAAGCUGCAGCAGAGGACGACGCCUCUUUCCACUACUCUCUGGCCCCGUCGGUGUCUAGCCUGAGUCACCAGAACUCUCCCGUGACCCCUCAAACUACAUAUGACGAGUUCGAUGACGGAUCGAAAGCGGCAGUCCAUGGUGAGGACCGAAUUCUUGACUUUGACCGCUGGAUGGAUGAUUACUUACACUUCGAUGCGCUUCCAGACUUUAACAGCCAAGGCGCAACGGCGAUGCCCGUCGGGGUGCCAAAGCUAAACCGCACCAUCUCUGAUGUCUAUCAGGACGAGCUCUACAACGCGGCUGUGAUUCCCACAUCCCAGAUUCGCAAUCCCGCCAACAACGCGAACCAGCAGAUGCUCUCUGCGCCCUACCGCAAUCUGUUUGCCGAUCGCCUUAAUGCUGCCAACCAGGGCCAUCUCUCGGCGCGAUCGCAGUCGCCAGUCAACGGCUCCAUCAAUAGAGACCGAUCGCCUUUCCGCCAGGGAUCGCCAUUGGCACCCGACUUUCGCGGUGCGCGUCUCCAGGGCCCUGCGCUCGGCUCUACACUACAGCUACCUGCUACCAGCGGCAUCAACAUGGGCCAGGACAAUGCCGCCGCCGAAGUUAAGACCAUCUCGCCCAAGGAUGCUGUUUUGGAGUACCACGAGGGACCAGACGAGUCGGCUACCGAUGGCCUCCCAUCCCUUUUCCCGACUAAUGACUUUGCUAUGAACGGCAGCAACCUGGUGUCUCGCCGAUCCAGUGCUAGCACUUUCCAGCCUACUCUACCUUACUCACAGAUGGAGCCGUUUCCGAAUCAAUACGUUAGUCAGGCGGGCGGUCUGCCACAGCAACUCAAUUACUUGCAGCAAGCGCCGACUCACCGCAGCAACGAGGGCCUUAUGCAGCAAACACCGGACUUCCCAGCGUCAUUGACUACGAUGGACUCUACGAAGAGCGAAUCAACAUCGAUCGACAUGAAGCGCCCUGGCAAUACCUCGUCUGAUUCGGGCACGUACACCUGCACGUACCAUGGCUGUACACUACGGUUUGAGACGCCGUCCAAGCUCCAAAAGCACAAGCGCGAAGCCCAUCGCCAGACCGUGACUGGUCAGCCUAUGGUGACCGCGCGCGAGCACAGCAACACCUCGUUGGCCCUGCGCAACUCGCAGGCCGGCCCCCACCGGUGCGAGCGGAUCAAUCCUUCGACGGGCAAGCCAUGCAACUCUAUUUUCUCGCGGCCGUACGAUCUGACUCGGCAUGAGGACACGAUUCACAACAACCGCAAGCAGAAAGUGCGAUGCCAUCUGUGCACCGACGAGAAGACCUUUUCGCGCAACGAUGCGCUCACGCGACACAUGCGCGUCGUGCACCCAGAGGUCGACUGGCCGGGGAAGCAGCGCCGCAAGAGCCGAGAGUAA